CUGUUUUCAGGUCACAGACCCACAUACAGCAGUGCAGUCAGGGACAGCGUCCUUAUCAGAGGCCUCAUGUGUAACUUACCAUAAACCUGAUCUUUCUCCUCUUGAACUUCAUCGUUCAGGAGCUUUAUCCCUGAACAAAUAUUUACAGGAUCCUCUCGCCAGAAUCGCAGCAGCUCGUUUCCUAACUUUGUUCCAUCCUCCCUCCAAACUCAGCACAGGCCAAAGACGUGAGGGACAUGCAACAUCUGUUCAUGUCACAUGAUAAGAGUCUGCUGUCUGAGGUGAUGAGCACAGACCACAGAGGGAAGCUGACAUUAACCUGACUCAGGCCUGCUGCUCUCUCCUCCUCAGCUGAGUCUCUGGCUCCUGACCUGGGACACAGGUACUGUGGACUCUGCCCUGUCCUGUUUGCUGGUAAAUCCCAAACCAGUCUGACUGCAUGUCGACCAGCCACAGCUUCUCCAUGGAAACACACUGAACCAGUGUUCCUCUCCUCCGCUGCAUCAAAGCCACUUUACCUGCUCACACACCUGCUCUCUGUUCAUCAUCACCUAUGUUCUGAAGUGUGACAGCAGUCCUCACAGAGGCUGAUCAUGUGUUCAUGUGUUCAUCCUCUGUGAGUGACCCAGCUGCCUUCAGAAACCACUACAACUCCCAGGGUGCAUCUCACUGACACACAGCCAAUCACAGAGCUUCACCUUCUGUGCAGCUCUGCUGUGACUGGCUUCUCCACAGCAACAGCAGCUAAGGCUCAUGGGUAUUGUAGUAGUUAAAGCUGUCUGCUUAACCCAACGUGUGAAUAAUUCAAACAGCUGCUCAUCAACCAGCAGAGUCUGAGCCACCAGAGCCGUCAGGACCCGUCAGGAUCCAUCAGGACCCGUCAGGACCUCAGGACCCGUCAGGACCCAUCAGGACCCAUCAGGACCCAGCAGCCUCUGCACCGCCGAUCUGUAAACUGUGCACCAAUAAUCGAUUCCAUUCACUUCACAUGGAAACUUUCCCGCUCUCCACACGUUCGUCCCAAAGUUUCUGGAACAUGUUCUGCAGUCAGUCAGGUUCGUGCAGCAACAGUUCUACUCUCCAGUGGUUUAAAUCAAGGGUGACAGUGUGUGUGUGUGUGUGUGUGUGUGUGUGUGUGUGUGUGUGUGUGUGUGUGUGUGUGUGUGUGUGUGUGUGUGUGUGAGUGUGUGUGAGGGUGUGUGUGUGUGUGAGAGAGAGUGAGUGUGUGUGUGUGUGUGUGUGUUUGGUGGGGGGAGGGGUCGCUGAGGGCGGUCCUCCUGGCCAAGGUGACGACCCGUCGAUCACUCCGUCGGCGCCGUCUCUGAUUGGCUGUCUGCAGGUGUCCACGUGAACCCUGAGUGAGUUUCGAAGCCUCGAGAGAAAAAUGUUCCACAGGUUUAGAGGGAGACGGGAGAAGAGCUCGCGAGCGGGACGGAGAGCGGCCGCGUCACCAGACGGUAACGAUGAAGUCAGAGUGAACAGAGAGCCGGUCCACGGUCCUCACGAGCUGCUGCAGGGAACCUGACUGAGCUUCCGGUGUUACCUGACGCAGCGGGAGCAGAACGGAACGAACACCCUGAACAGUGGUCUGCACCUGUCUCCUCCCAUCAUGCCCACUGACAUGGCUUUACCUCUGUACCUGUCCAAGGAGGAGUUUGUCUACAGGACGACUCCAGAGACAUGCCAAUCUGCUCUGAACUCCUGCCUGAGGUUUCAGCCUCCACCCUGUGAGGAUCAGACUGAGCCUGAGGACGGACAGUCCUCCACCACACACACACGAAAAGCCAAGAAACAGGUGACCUUCGCUGAUCACAGAGGCCUGUCUUUAACCAGGGUGAAGGUCUUCUCCCAGUUCAACGACCCCAUCGAUAUCCCUCUGAACGUCCAGGAGAUGCUGAGCUCUGCGCUGUCUCUGACGGCCGAGGAGGACAGACUGGUGCUGGACUUUGCUCAGCCCUCCUCAGACUACCUGCACUUCCGUCAGAGCCUGGAGAGGAACCACGUCUGCCUGGAGCACUGCGUGCUGAAGGAGAAGGCUUUAGCAGGAACCAUUAAAGUCAAAAACCUGUCCUUUGAAAAGUCUGUGAAGCUGCGGGUGACCUUUGACACCUGGAAGAGUCACUCAGACGUGGACUGCGUGUACGUGAAGGACACGUAUCCCAGCUCGUACAGCGACACCUUCUCCUUCGAGGUGUCUCUGCCUGCGGACCUGCAGCCUCACGAGCGCGUUGAGUUCGCCGUCUGUUACGAGGUGGGCGGACACGAGUACUGGGACAGUAACCACGGCAACAACUACAGGAUCGUGUGGUCCUCCAGGAAGAGAAGCCAUCAGGACGCCUGCAGCCGCCACACAGACUCCUUUGACUUCGGGAUUCAUUUUGACCCAUACGGCAGCCUCACCUGUUCACACGGGAUCUUCCCCGAGUGGCCGAGUUACGCCGGAUAUGAGAACAUGGGUCCGUACUACUGAGCAUCAGUGAGACGGCGGCAGACGUCUGCGUGGUCCUGUCAGUCUUUAAAUCCUGAGAGACUUCAGUUCAUGGAGCCUGCUCAGUGUCACGUGUGUGAUUCGUAUGUUGCACAUUACACACAUGAACUGUGACACGUGUGAAUCCUGAGGUUUUUUUCUUGGUGGUUAUUCAUUGAUUGGUUGUUUGAUCUGUAAAAUAUCAGGAACAUGGUGGAACAGUGAGUGUGAUUCAGUCUCUCAGAG